UUUACUGCACCCGAAGCUUUCAAGGUCCAUUGGACUGUCACUUCCUCACAUCGAUCCAAACAUUGUUUGUUUGAUACUACACUUUCGAGCUGUCAACACAAGCCGAUCUCCACAACCUACAGAACCACGUCGCCGUGAGCACGAACCAUCAGUCUCUGACGUCGCAACCUGUAACGGCGCAGAGUGCAGCGUGCAGCCCACUGUCUGGUCGCUCGAGAGCUGUAUACAUUUUAUACUCCCACGACAGCUUUUCAUAGUAUCUUUCAUGUCGUGACGUAAGUACAACGACCUUGACACUCUCGGAAUCAUCUUAGUGCUUGACACGAUGCGAACAGAAACUGAAAAUGUCACACAAGCGAUCCAGAGCCAACUUCGAGGCUGAUCAAGUCCCUCCUUUUGCUCUCUUCGGUACACCACUUCCUCCGCUCGACUCGGAUACACGCGACGAUGGCUCUUAUGUUCCUGUCUGGAAACAAGACGCUCGAGAUGAGCAAGGUCGAAAACGUUUUCACGGUGCCUUUACUGGAGGCUAUAGCGCCGGUUACUUCAACACCGUAGGCUCGAAAGAAGGAUGGGCUCCGGCCACGUUUACUUCAUCGCGUACAAAUCGUCGCAAAGAUGCGCAAGCCGCUCGUCCAGAGGACUUCAUGGACGAUGAGGAUCGUGCAGCUGCAGCAGAAGCCCAGAAACUGCAGACCCAGGACGACUUCGCUGGCUUUGGCUCCACCACCCAGGAUCAGAUGCGUCGAGGCUUGAUGAGCGAUCUGUUUCGCCCAGCAGGCGAGACCAUGGGCGUGAGACUUCUACAAAAGAUGGGCUGGAGACAGGGCCAGGGUGUCGGGCCCAAGGUCAGGAGGAAGGCACGCAUCGAAGACAACGCUGCUUCAACAGCUGGCGAUGAGACUCAUCUCUUCGCUCCCGAUAACUCUCGUAUGGUGGCUUUCAACCGGAAAAAGGAUCGCUUUGGUCUAGGUUAUGCUGCCGAAGAGCGUUUGGGUGAGACGACAGCAUCACACCAACAAGAUAAUGGAGAUGAAGACAACUCUGAGGACUUUGCUCGACCGACCAAGCCCAAAUCAAAGACGAAGCGUACUGGAUUUGGAGUUGGUGUUCUCAAUGACACUGGCUCUGACGAAGAGGAUCCUUACGACAUGGGCCCAAAAAUAUCUUAUAAUCGCAUCGUUGGUGGUGAUCGGAAGAAGAAGAAAGGUGGUAUCAUUGCAAACACAGCAACACCUGCUCUAAAAGGCGUGAAGCAACCAACUUUCUUGUCCAGAAAAUUAGGUCAAAGGAACCACAAUGGGUUCAGAAAAUGCCAUGACGGCCGUCUUCCGAUCGAUGGUUUUGUCCUGGCUUCUUCUCUGUUUUUGACUACUCAAGAGAACAAAUACCCUCCACCAGACAUCCCUGCAGGAUGGGAGCCAAAGGCCGCCGUGAUGAACAAUUCCGAUUCACCAUCUCAUCAGUCCACUGCAGAUGCUGCUCGCGCUUCUACCAUGGAUCCAGCAAAACGAGCUGCGGUGCUCGGUGAAGAACAGCUUCCUGGAAAAUCAAUAUUCGACUUCAUGAGUAAAGCAGCACGCGACAAGCUUGUCACUGCAACAGGUAGAUCAAACCUUCCUAUCGCACGUGGAGAGACUGCUCCCGAAGGCUGGCAAAGAUCAGAGGCCGACAAGCAGAAGUCGUUAUGGGAUCUCGUCCCAAAGUUGGACAGCUCGGUCGCGGCGUCGGCAUUGCAGCGUGGUACGAGUGGCUGGAUGCCAUACGCGGAAGACGAAGCCAAACGAGCCCGGUACCGUUCAUUUCUUGAGUCCUGCAGCGGUCAACGCGACGCGCUGCCUGAGCGUGUUAAGGGGUCGACUAUUGACGAAUGGACUAAAGAGAUGCGGGAAUUUGCGCAAGCGGCAGAGGUGUUCAAGCCAAUUUCCGGCUUGAUGGCAUCUCGCUUUACCAGCUCUUCAUUAUCGCCUCGUCUAGCCACGGAUACCAUGCCGUCUGCUUCAGAGAAGCCAUCCAAACCUGAAGAUUCUGCUGAGGCCGCCGCGAAGAUUGGUAUGUUCGGUCCCAUGACCCGCACCCGCCUCCAAUUCUACCCUACUCGCUUGCUUUGCAAACGAUUCAAUGUCAAAGCACCUGCCCAUGCGGAUCCAGGCAAGGGUCCUGCAGGCGACGAUGAUGUCGUCUCUGAUAGCAGGCUCGACGUGGUCUCACAGAACAAGAUUGAUCAGAUGAUGCGCGAGACUUGGUCACGACCGAUCAAUCCACCUGAAGGUAACAACGUGACUCUGUCAGCCGAACCACUUCAGCCACCGCCGCCCAGGCCACAAGUAAACAUCGAGGUCAAUGAGGCAAUUGAAGCAGAACGUCCCGGGGACGCUGUUUUCAAGGCCAUUUUUGGUAGUGAUAGCGAAGACGAUUGAGCUUCCUGAUAGACAUUCCAUCCAUUCCCAAUUUACGCAUCACGUUCUUGCUGCAAAAGCAAUUUCUACAGCGAGUUCUGAUCAUUUGCACGAACACGUCGUUUUCCAUGGUGGAUGAGAGCAUGCAUGUUUCCAGUCAAGUCAAUCUUGCUGGCUGGACGACCCUGAUCAUCUAUCAUACCCAUUACCACCCCGUCAACCUGGUUGACAAUACGGAUCACGGCACACCGUACGAUGAGUAUGUGAUGAUCUUAUUGCCUGCUACGUGUCUGAUCAAGCAUAGACGAAGAACGAUCAUUCCACGUCCUUCCAGAAAAUUAAAGGGGUUGGAAGUUCAAGAUGAGCUUCAUCUCAGUGAUUCACGAGCACUUUGGAAGAUACUUCCGCGAACACAUCACGGAGCAUGUAUAUAGAGACACUGAACGUGCUU